AACCCAGAUCGGAUCAGUCCAGCCGAUCCUCCGGAGACUCGCCAGUAUCGAGUCGGCCGUCGUCUCGAACUUUCAUUUCACACGGUGUCGUUCUCACUUCGAUCGUUUCCGAUCACGUUCGAACCCGAAAUAAUCGAACCAAUACUCAUUCACAAUCGUUGGACCAAGAUCGAGAAGCUUAUUACAACUAUGGACGAUCGUUAACACGAACAGUUUCGUGUACCUGGUGUCGUUCGAACGGGAACGUUCUGUCGUGACAAUCGAAGCUACCAUAUAAUCUUUCACUCAGAUUCUUCGAUUUUUAAACGCAACCUUGAGAGCAGCGAACGAUCACGGCCGAUCGAGAUGCAGUUAUCGAUCGGCGGUAAAAGUAGCUAGCCAAGAGAGAGUGUCAAGACUGGAGUGAUUGUUAGGGAAACGGAAGCCUGGAGGAUCAUGGGUGUAUCGAGAGGAGGCGCGAUCUUGGCGGUGUUGGCGAUCGCGUGGCUCCAACCGGCGGUCGGGGUCAAGGAACACGUGUCGGCCUUGAACGAUACCGGUCGCCCGGUGCACGAGAACGAGGUAUCGUUCACCAGCUACGACCCGGAUGACCAACAUCUUCACCAGUCACCUGGGAAACCUACGAAAUUCGACUUGAACAUGAAUCAGCUGAUACAAACCGACGACAAGCUACAGUAUCAGAUAGAGGCGUCGCAAAUGGAGAACGCGACGUCCUCUCCGAUCGGGUGGACCGAUUGCCAGGGCGAUCGAACGACGCCGUGCGUCCGGAAGGAAUUGUCAGAUCUGUUGGACAGGCUGUCUGGAAUGGACGCUUACAACGUGACCGACAGUGUGCAGAUUAUAAGAAACAGGGACGUCGCUAGGACGGACGAAAAAGGUAACGUCCGUUCGGACGCGAGCCUACUCGAUAAAGUUCGUCGGUACGCAAGAGAGCACGUAAUAAAGAUACGUCUGAGCAAGGAUUUAAUUCCCGGUAGAAAAGCUAGAACCUUCUUCAACGCCAUCUUUCAGGGAAAGAGUACCUUUUUAACAGGAUUCGGACUUGGUUUUCUAGCGUUUGGCCUGAAGAAGCUGCUGCUACCUCUGAUUUUCGGUGUACAGAUCUUUAAGAGCGUUCUCAUUGCACUUUUCCUGCCCAGUAUCAUUGGAAGUAUCGGUAAUAUCCUUGGUAAAGGUGUCUCGUCUUUCGCUCAGUCAGCGCAUACCACGGCACAACCAGAAGAGAGCUUCGAGUUCAAGGACAAUUCUGACCUGUACAACGACGAUUACCUGACACGACAACCGGUAGGAACGUUGCCCGCUUCCGCGAUGUACGACGAGAGUAUGAUGCAGCCACAGAAGAGCCCAGACAUAGCCUCGCGAUAUUCCUUCGUCGAUCCUAGGAUCACUCACGCAAACGCCAUUUCCGAUCGCUAUUACACUAGACACGUAGCCGCCAACGGGCUCUCUAAAAAGCAAGACUUCAAGGUUUUCCACGAGAUUCCCACGAGUUCGUUGCUGCUGACCAACUACGACCCCUUCUAUUCCCCGCUGUUAUCGCGUCUCGACGCCGUGUUUUCCCGUCUCGGGCACACGACGGAGGGUUGCAGGGAGUACGCGGUGUGCGCGAUGUACCGAAGCCCGGCCAGAUUCGCGCCCUACUCGAAUCUGGUCUCGGCACAGUUGUCCAGGGAACUGAACGAACUGAGGAGACCCAGUAGCGACAACCCGGAUGUCCUCAGGUUCUUCCGUUACAUGAAAGCAGCGAAGGAUGGCCAGGACGGAGUGAAAUGCGAGGACGCUUAUUCGAAGUGUGCUGUUGCGCGGGAGGAUCAAACUCUCAGACAAAACCAGGCGAUGCUUGCUACUUAUCAGGACAUCGACAAGCUGGUACACGCGAGAAAGUUGUGAAAAGAUGUAUUAGAACUGAAUAGUGUCCAUUCGAUCGAAUGUAGUCUCGAGUAGUAUCGUCGCGAGAUAGUUUGGUGUUUCUUGUCGAUGAUAUGCAGAUACGGGGACUUUGAGGAAAUUUAAUUAAUCAUUUCAUUUUUAGUCUACAUCUUUCGAGUAUUUAGAUGUCAAGUAUUUGGGAAAUUUUGUGGAGAUGAGAAUAAUAAGUUUACCGGCGCGAAGACAUUACCAACCAGGCAUUGAAAUCACCAGCUAAACGGCGCCGCACGUUGGUUUUAACACUUUAAUAGCUAUUUCACGCAUUCGUGAUUUUAAACUGUAACUUUUUACGCUAUUAUCUUUUAAUUUAUUGCUAUAUAUUCUACAUCUUUCGAGCAUUUCGAUGUUAAGUAUUUGGGAAAUUUUGUGGAAAUGAGAAUAAUAAGUUUACCGGCGCGAAGACAUUACCAACCAGGCAUUGAAAUCACCAGCUAAACGGCGCCGCACGUUGAUUUUAACACUUUAAUAGCUAUUUCACGCAUUUGUGAUUUGAAUAUGUAACUUUUUACGCUAUCAUCUUUUAAUUUAUUGCUAUUUAAUUAUACUGGAGUGAAAGUAUUAAAUAUUUACCGUUUUAAAUGUCUACUAUUUGGUGAAACAUUGCGAAUCACAAGCUCAAAGUCCAAAAGAAGUUAACAGUAUCUGCAUAUUUUAAUUUAUACCGUAUACGAA